AGGCUGGCAGAGAAGCCGCAGCAGAGGCAACAGCUCCAGGAACCUGGAUCCCGAGCACAGCUGGGGGCAGAUCCAGCUGCCCCUGAGGGACCAGAUUCUUUGCAGCCCCCCACCCCCGCCCGAUGCCCCAUCAACCUGGUGAUGCGGGACUCUCUGCUCUGGAUACUGUUCCUGAUGCUCUCACUGAGGGGGUCUGUGUCCCCCAGGGCGGAGACAGGCUCUGAGGGGCAGACGGCGGGGGAGCUGUACCAGCGCUGGGAGCGCUACCGCAGCGAGUGCCAGGCAGUUCUGGAGGACGCGGAGCCUCCAGCAGGGCUCGCCUGUAACGGUUCCUUCGAUAUGUAUGUCUGCUGGAACUACGCUGCACCCAAUACCACUGCCCGUGCAUCCUGCCCUUGGUACCUGCCGUGGCACCGCCAUGUAGCCACGGGCUUUGUCCUCCGUCACUGUGGAACUGAUGGCCAAUGGGGGCCUUGGAGAGACCAUUCCCAGUGCGAGAACCCAGAGAAGAAUGAGGCCUUUCAGGACCAAAGGCAGAUCUUGGAGCGGCUGCAGGUGGUGUACACAGUCGGCUACUCCUUGUCUCUUGUCACGCUGCUCCUGGCCCUGCUCACCCUGAGCUUCCUCAGGAGACUGCGCUGCACUCGUAACUACAUCCACAUCAACCUGUUCGUGUCAUUCAUGCUGAGGGCCGCUGCCAUCCUCUCGCGAGAUCGGCUGCUCUCUCCGCCGGGACCCUACUCCGGGGACCAGGCUCCGACCCCAGGGACCCAGAUACUCGCUGCUUGCCGCGUGGCCCAGAUCGUGACCCAGUACUGCGUGGGCGCCAACUACACGUGGCUGCUGGUGGAGGGCUUGUACCUGCAUAGUCUGCUGGUGCUGGUGGGAGGAUCCGAGGGGGGUCAUUUCCGCUGCUACCUGCUGUUUGGCUGGGGGGCCCCCGCGCUUUUCGUCAUUCCCUGGGUGAUCGUCAGGUACCUGUACGAGAACACGCAGUGCUGGGAGCGGAACGACGUCAAGGCCAUCUGGUGGAUCAUACGCACUCCUAUUCUCCUGACCAUCUUGAUUAACUUCCUCAUCUUCAUCCGCAUUCUCGGCAUCCUCAUUUCCAAACUGAGGACGAGACAGAUGCGCUACCCCGACUACCGCCUGAGGCUGGCCCGCUCCACGCUGACUCUAGUGCCCCUGUUAGGGGUCCACGAGGUGGUGUUUGCUCCCGUGACAGAGGAACAGGCCCAGGGGACCCUGCGCCUCGCCAAGCUGGCCUUUGAGAUCUUCCUCAGCUCCUUUCAGGGCUUCCUGGUCGGCGUGCUCUACUGCUUCAUCACCAAGGAGGUGCAGUCGGAGAUCCGCCGCGCCUGGCACCGCUGUCGCCUGCACCGCAGCCUCGGUGAGGGGUCGCGCAGGCCCUCGGAGCGCGUCUCUGGGACCCUGCCCUUGGGCUCCGACCCGGGCCAGGUCCCCACCGGCCGUGUCCUGUCUUUGGGCCCUCUCCCAAAGCCUGCGGAUGAGGCCAGCCAGGUCAUGGAAAGUUACUGCUAGGAGGCAGGAUGCCUGUAUCCAUUCGUUAGUGUUUAUUGAGUGCUAGCUGUAUACCGGGCUUGGUGUGGAAAGUGCUGGGGAAAGUGGCAAAAGGAAACAGAGGGCAGGGCCCUGGUCUUCUAAGAA